AGGAAAGUCAAAAUAUUGGACGGACUUGUUCGGAGACUGUCCGAAUCUGUAGAAUACCGAUUGCCGAGACUAAGAGUGGUUUUUUGCAACUGUGACUCUACGACAGAGGUUCAUUAAACCUUCAUGAGCAUUAUAAGGCACUCUGUACGGCUGCAACACAUCGGUGGACAUUUGAGGACUUUAAAUUCCCUGUCAGAUGUUAACCGGAGCUUGUGUAGCGCUAGCGGGACAGACUCUUCUAAAUAUGAUCUCAUUGUAAUUGGCGGUGGGUCUGGUGGGCUUGCCUGCUCAAAAGAAGCUGCAAAAUAUGGAAAAAAAGUUGCUGUAUUGGAUUUCGUUUCCCCAUCACCUCAAGGGUCUGUCUGGGGCCUGGGUGGAACCUGUGUUAAUGUGGGAUGUAUUCCAAAGAAGUUGAUGCAUCAAGCGGCACUGUUAGGAGAGUCAUUGAAGGAUGCAAAACACUUUGGAUGGAAUGUCCCUGAUAACAUAAAUUUUUCAUGGGAAGUGCUUGUGACGGCAGUACAGAAUCAUGUCAGAUCAUUAAACUGGGGCCACCGAGUCCAGUUACAUGACAAGAAAGUUGAAUAUGUUAAUGCAAAAGGAUCAUUUUUGGACUCUCAUACAAUCAAGGCAGUACUGAAAAAUGGUACUGAGACAACUAUGAAGGCAGAUCAUUUUGUAAUUGCUGUUGGUGGAAGACCAAAAUUUCCUAAGGAGGUUCCUGGUGCCAUAGAGUAUGCUAUCAGCAGUGACGAUAUUUUUUCCUUGAAAAAAUCUCCUGGUAAAACGUUAGUGAUUGGGGCGUCUUAUGUUGCCUUGGAGUGUGCUGGUUUCCUGACCGGUUUAGGAUAUGACACGUCUAUUAUGAUGCGAUCCAUUCCACUCAGAGGAUUUGACCAGCAAAUGGCACAACUCGCUACCGAUUACAUGGAGGGCCAUGGAACAAGAUUCCUUAAGCAAUGUAUUCCCGUGCGGAUAGACAAAGCUGAUGAUGGACUUCUUCACGUAACAUGGAAGGAAUCUGUGACAGGAGAAACAUGCCAAGAACCAUUUGAGACUGUUCUGUUUGCAAUUGGUAGAGAUCCUGAGACUUUACAGAUGAAUCUUGAGAAAGCCGGGGUUGAACUGGAUCAACAGACCAGAAAGAUUAAAGCCAAUGACGAGGAGCAAACUUCAGUAGCGCACAUUUUCGCCAUCGGGGAUGUCGUUCAGGAUCGUCCAGAGCUGACACCUGUAGCCAUCAGAGCGGGAAAACUCCUUGCGGAUAGGCUGUUUGGGGGAUCUGACGUCGCAGUGGAUUACGACAAGGUGGCGACAACAGUUUUUACUCCAUUGGAGUUUGGAACAGUUGGAAUGUCUGAAGAAAAAGCUAUUGAGUGUCACGGGGAAGACAACAUUGAGGUUUAUCACGCUUUCUACAAACCACUAGAAUUUACCGUACCAGAGAGAAAAGUGGAGCAGUGUUACAUGAAGGUCGUCUGCUUGCGUGAAGGUGAUCAGCAAGUCUUAGGUCUUCAUUUCCUUGGUCCUUCAGCAGGGGAAGUGAUUCAGGGAUUCUCUGCUGCCAUGAGGUGUGGCUUAAGUUACCAGAGCUUGUCAUCGACUGUUGGCAUUCAUCCGACAUGCGCAGAAGAGGUCGUGAAGAUGCAUAUCACCAAGAGAUCUGGGGAUGACCCGACAGUAACGGGUUGCUGAGGUUAGACCUGCCCUCACUAACGAGUGCGUCCUGGAAACUAGUCUCAUCUCUCUAAAACAAUUAAAUUUCUCAACUGUAAAACACAUAGGAGUUAAUAUCUAACAUGUAGAUGAUUCAAGCUCUUCGUGACUGUUUUCUUAAAGUAAGUACAUGAUCUACUUUUGUGGUCAAACUGGAAGGAUUUAUCAAAAAUGCUGAAUCCGUCGCUUCUCAGUUUUCCGACGGUAAACAAAAGCAUUUUCAAAAUUGUUGUCAAUGAUUUAUCCAGUGUUCUCACUUUUUUUGGGACAGAUUCAGCUUAGUGAUUUUUCAGAGUGUGAUUUUUAACCAGAAAAUGUUGCAUGAACUUUCCAAUUGCAAUCCUUCAAAAUAUCUUUGGAAGUGAAAUAUGUAUGUAGGACAUGGUUUUUCUGGGCGCACAGUGAGGGCAAACUAACAACAUUUACAUACUGACAGAAGAGUGCCUGUGUUUAUGGCGAAAGGUUUUUAAAUUGUGUAUUGCAAGUAAACCUUUUUGAGGUAUCGACAGGCAAAGCUAAAUUUUUUUGUAUUCUAGUUGUUAAUUGUGUUUAAUUAUAUUUAAUAUGAACUCAUAGGUAAAAAAAAGACAAGAACAAUGAUAUCAAGUUACACUCUUGUAAUUAUCUCUGCAAAGGAAAAAUGUUGUACUGUUCGUAGCGCAUACAGCUGUGUAACUUGUUCAUUUUCUUUGAUGAAAUUCUUCAUCUUGUCCCGUACAUAUAUGUCUCUAACUGUACGAACUAGAAGGACAACAUAAUUUUUUUUAUGUAAGAAAUCUGGGAAAUCUUUACAAGCGGUUCGUUACCAUAGAUGUAUUGUAUGAGACAAUAGUGAGUCAUUUCUUUAUGUCACCCUACCAGGGCUUAGCAUGCGUGAUUUACAAUUGCGAAAUAAAACAUUUACUGUUAUUUCCCUUUG